AAGCAAACCACAGCCCAGCUCCAUCACCCUGCCACUAGCACACACACACAAACACAGAUUAAAACGCAAUCAUGCACCAUGAUCAGAUCACAUUCUCAAGAAUGCAAUAAGAUAAUAACAGUAUUAUUAUGGCUUUCUGAGCCCCAGAGACUCAGAGAGAGAGAGAGAGAGAGCUAGGAAAGAAGGCAAGAACACAGGGAGAGCUAGCUGGAGAAGGUAGAGGAGAGGAGGGAUCGAGAAGAUGAUGAUCGUGGUGCAGAAGAGCUCCCUGGACCUGGUGCUGGUGCCAUGUGGUCUGGUGAUCAUGUUGGGCUACCAUCUUCUCCUCCUCUACCGGAUUCUCCGCCGCCCCGCCACCACCGUCAUCGGCUACGAGAACCACAACAAGCUGGCAUGGGUCCGCCGCAUGGUGCAGGCGAGUCCGGCCGAGACUGGGCUGGCGCUGAGCGUGAUCUCCAGCAACAUCUCGGCGUCGACGAACCUGGCGUCGCUGUGCAUCGCGCUGGGCUCGCUCAUCGGAGCGUGGGUGAGCAGCACCAGCAAGGUGUUCAUGACGGAGCUCGUGUAUGGUGACCGCACCCAGGCGAUGGCCACCGUCAAGUACAUCUCACUCCUCGUAUGCUUCCUCGUCUCCUUCACUUGCUUCAUCCACUCUGCAAGGUAUUAUGUCCAAGCCAGCUUCCUGAUAACCACGCUGGAUUCUGAUGUCCCGGCGAGCUACAUUCAGCAUGCUGUGAUCCGAGGCGGCAACUUCUGGUCAAUGGGGCUCCGGGCACUGUACUUCGCGACGACACUGUUGAUGUGGAUCUUUGGGCCGAUACCGAUGUUCGCAUGCUCGGUAUUGAUGGUGCUCAUCCUGCACCUGCUGGACAGCAACACCCUGCCAUUGCACAACCAUCAGUUCACUGUUAGAAAACGGAAUGAUCAGAGAGCACUGGCAUCUACAGUUGUUACAAGGCACCCCAGCCCUCAGAAUCCAAUUCUCAGCAACCCUGUAUUGUCUCCUGUAACAUUUUUCAAUUAAUAAUGUUUGCUGCAAAGUCUGGAAGUUUGUAUGGAGUAACAUUACAUGAGAAAAUGAGACAUUCAACUACAAAAUUUUCAUCAGAAA